CUUGUGACUGUAACUCUCUGGGAAUCUCCAGCGAGCAGUGCCACCGUGCGACAGGUCACUGCACCUGCGUGAAGGGCGUGUCCGGCCUCAAGUGUGACGAGUGUGCCCGGGGCUACCAGGGCGAGUUCCCCAACUGUGAACCCUGCGACCCCUGCUUCGCCGUGUGGGACACCGUGGUCACUGAGCUGACCAAUCAGACCCAGCGUCUGGAGGGUCAAGUCGCAGAGCUGCAGACGACCGGGGUGACGGCGCCGUAUAAAGAAUUGAUCGGCAGUCUGGAGCGAAACAUCAAGGCUGUCAAGGAAAUCAUAGAGAGCAACCCUGCAGGAGUGAAGCUGGAGCAGGUCCAGGAGCUGAUGAACCACAUCACAGGUGUGAUGUCCUACGUCAACAUAAAGCUGAACACCACAGAGGAGAGCCUGAACCUUCUCCACAGCGAUGCCAACGCCACCGACGCCAACCUGGACGCUCUGACAGAUGAGGCUAAUAAACUGGAGCAGAGUGUCAAGGACCUGAGACAGGAAGUGUACAACGCCAAGAACGCCAACAUCAAGGGUGCUAUGGACACUAUUUCAGAUGCACACUUUAAGUCCACGAUGGCAGAGGUCCGCGCCAACGCCUCCACCAGCAGCCCUGAAAGCACAGUGGAACAGUCGGCCUCAGUACGGAAAGCCACAGAGGACAAACUGAACAGCGGUCAGAAGGAGUUCAACCGCAAGCUUGAAAGAAACACGCAGAAGCUCGACAAACUGUCCGACGAGCUGGAUAAGUUUGACCUGACGCCGAUUAGUGAGAAGACGUGCGGUGGCGCGGCCGAGGGUGACAGCUGCUCCGGCUCUCCCUGCGGCGGUUUGGGUUGUGUCGGCGAGGACGGGGCACCUCGGUGCGGCGGGGACGGCUGCAAAGGCGUCGUCACGACCUCCCAAACUGCUCUGAAAUCAGCCAAAGACCUGGACCAGGAGAUCCUCACCGCCAUGCAGGAGGUGGACAAGCUCUCCAGACUGGUGUGGGAGGCAAACACGCGCGCAAACAAGGCUAAAGUGGACGCUCAGACGGUGCUGGUCAAAUCCAACCAGAGCAAAGAGAGAGUGGAGCAGAGCAACGAGCAGCUGCGCAGCCUCAUCAAAGAGAUACGAGACCUGCUCACCAAUGACAAGGCCAAUGUGUCCGUGAUCGAGGCAGUGGCCAACGAGGUGCUGGCUCUGGAGAUGCCGACGUCGUCCGAGAAGCUGAAGGAGCUGACGAAGGAGAUCCGGGAGAAGGUCAACUCUCUGACCAGCGUGGAGACGAUCCUCAGUCAGAGCGCCAGUGACAUCCAGAUUGCGGAUGCGCUGCUCAAAGAGGCCAAGGCUGCAAGUGAGCAGGCGACUAACAUGAAGGAGACGGCAGAUGUGGUGAAGGCAGCCCUGGUUGAGACUGAGCGUGCUCAGACCAUCGCCAUGGACGCCAUCGAGCUGGCCCAGAACAACACAAAGGGAACCCUGGAGCUGCUGAUCUCUGUGGAGUCUGAGACGGCUGAUUCGGAGCUGAAGCUCAGCAACACGACGGGUCGUCUGGUUCAGCUGGAGCGGGAGGUCGGCCUGCUGAGACAAAACAACCUGGAGGUGAACCAACUCGCCAAGGCGGCCGACUGGGUCUCGAACCAGGCCAGACUGACCGCUGAGGAAGCCCAGCAGGAGUUUGACGAGGACGUGAAGGACAAAUUGGAGAAGGUGGAGGACCUGGUGGAGGUUAAAGGGGAGUCGGUGCUGCAGGCGAAAAGGAAAGCAGACGAGCUGCAGAAGGAGGCCAGAGAGCUGCUCGCUCAGAGCAGCAGCAAGCUGCUGAGACUCGGAGAGUUGGAGAUCUCCUACGAGGAAAACCAGCGGACUCUUGAGUCCAAAGCUGCCGAGCUGGCCGAGCUGGAGCAAACGGUGCGCCGGGUCCUGGAGGAGAUCAGCUACAAAGUGACGCUGUACAGCACCUGUCUGUGAUCAAUCACCUGGACACAGCGUCACCUCAGACUCUUUACUGUUCUCAAAGGUUUCAGCUGGGAUUCUAAUGGUGCCAAAGAAGCCCUGAGCAGACGUGCAUACAUAAAUUAUAAUUUACUCCUUUUCCCUGUGAUCACGAGUCAUUUCUAGUUGUUUUCCUGAGAUCAACUUAUUUAUCUCGUUGGCUCAAGAUAUCAAAAAUGUGUUUUCUCAUUCUCUGGCGAUCCUGAAAACGAAACGACGAGCUGAUUGGUCAGAGCCCACACUAACAAGGAAGGUUGAGAAUAUUUCUGAGUGUUUUGUGCUUUGCUUUUCUCUGAGUACACGAUCAGUGAAUCUCAAGGACACAACUGGGAGUUACUCGUCAUCACUGGAAAGCUGAGUGAACUUAUUACAUGGAUGCAUGUCUGCUUAGGACGCCAGUGAAAUACAGCUGUCACCCGAGUGUUUGAAAGCUAUCGCGAUGUUAGACCCUCUCAGUGCCAAAAGUUUUGUCUGUUCGUGUCUCUGCCAACGACUUAACACUCAGCCGUGCCAAAAAGUGUUUUAACAAAUGAGACGAGUUUCAAAGCUGCCAAAGUAUUAAAGUCCCAAAAGGAAACCACUAAAAGCCAAAGUGACCUCAGUGCUUCAAACACAGAAUGUGUAGAGAAUAUACGAUGAAGCUGUGAGAUUUAAAUGAGACUAUUUGAUAGACAUGUUACAGUUUUAUACUUCCUUUAAAAGCCUAAAUAUAUUUAACAGUAAGAGGGAGCAGAAUCAUUUUGUUAACAGUUCUGUGACGUCAGAGAAAUAUUGACUUGAAAAAUAAAGUUUCUCAAACAUC